GGUCAGGUGCAAGAGAAGUCCUGUAACCAUUUCCUCCCGUGGUGACUGAAACCUGCAAGCCAAGUUUAGGGGACCUGCGCGGAGCGGACUCGGAGUCCAGAUCGGUGUCGGGCUCUCUCCAGCCGAGCUGCGUUGAUCCACAUCUGUGAGGGAGGCGCGCACCGGAGCGCACACACGCUGCAGACCCAGACGGCGCUCAGCCUGGAGAGGCUCGCGUCAUGUUCAACAGACCCACUUGGAAUCAGGAUCAGAGAGGAUUUCCGCUGCGCUCCGGGCCAGGUGCAUUCACCUGAGAAGAGGGGACUUUUACGAAGAGAAAAAAGAAAACAAAAUCCGUGCUUUAAUGUAUAAUUUUAACUCAUGGAUUUCUUGAACAUUUCUUAUUUUUCCAAUGGGGACACAAAUUUAACAACAGCUGAAGAUGGCGUCCCUCACUGCAGUGCCAGCCUCCCCGUCAUCUUCGGCAUCAUCUGUUUCCUGGGUAUCAUCGGCAACUGCAUCGUCAUUUACACCAUUCUGAAGAAGACCAAGUGUCGCGCCAAGCAAACCGUCCCGGACAUAUUCAUCCUGAACUUGUCUAUCGUCGACCUCCUGUUUCUUCUCGGGAUGCCGUUCCUCAUCCACCAGUUGCUGGGCAACGGUACGUGGCACUUUGGGGCCGCCAUGUGCACGGUCAUCACCGCCCUCGACUCCAACAGCCAGAUCGUCAGCACUUACAUCCUCACUGCCAUGACCCUUGACCGCUACUUGGCGACGGUCCACCCUAUCCGCUUCAACCACGUCCGCACGCCGUGUGUGGCCGCGGUGGUCAUCGGAGUGGUGUGGGCGCUGUCUCUGCUCACGAUCCUCCCCGUGUGGAUGUACGCCGGCCUGAUGCCUCUGCCCGACGGACUCGUUGCCUGUGCUCUGCUCCUCCCAGAUUUGGUCAAUGACACCUACUGGUUUACGCUUUAUCAGUUUUUCUUGGCCUUCGCUAUCCCCUUGGCCAUCAUCUGCCUGGUGUUCUUUAAGAUCCUGCAGCACAUGUCGGCCAGCGUGGCGCCGCUGCCCCCGCGCAGUUUGAGGGUGCGCACCAGGAAGGUGACCCGGAUGGCGGUGGCCAUCUGCCUCGCUUUCUUCACCUGCUGGGCUCCGUACUACGUCCUGCAACUCGUUCACCUCAGGGUGCAGAACCCCAGCCUGGCUUUCUCCUACGCGUACAACAUCACCAUCAGCAUGGGCUACGCCAACAGCUGCAUCAACCCGUUCCUCUACAUUGUCCUCAGCGAGACCUUCAAGAGGCAUUUCCUCCGAGCCGUGCAGCCAAUCAACAGGAAGUUCAGAGUGAACCCGAGCACCACAGACAGCGUGAGCAUGAGGAUUGUACCUGAGGGGGCUCAGCAGGAGCAGGCCUCCAGGGAGAUGUUGCCCUCCAACGGCCGCCCACAGUGAAUCCACAAUCUGUUCAAUCCUUAAAACAUGUCCCUUCAAAAUAAGCACUUGCACUUCACUGCAAGAUUGUUACUGGUGGGUAAACACACGUUCUAAAUUUACCCAAUUUCUUUAAUUUGACUGAUAUCCGAAUUUAAAAAAAAAACAAUGUUGAAAAUAUUCGAAAAUAAAGAAUAAGACAAACUUGAUGAUCUGCAUUAAGGUAUUAGGGAACUUUGUGAAUGCUUAAGGUCCCCUGCAGGUUCGGGAGUCCUAAAAGGAGUGACGAAUUCUCAAACAACAUGGGGAAAAUUGGGCCAGUCGUACACAUGAGCAGAUGCAGCUCAGUAAAUUAGAAUAUCACUAAAAAGUUGAUCUAUCUCAGUAAAAUGCGAAACUCGUGUGGAUUUGUUGAACCUGCGUUAUUUCAGGUGUUUUUUUCCCCCAUUGCUUUUAGUGGUUGUGACUUGCAGCUGGUGCUUUCCAGGCGUCUGUAUCUUCAAGAAUUUCAGUGUUACUUCAAAGCUAUUAAAAAAAAAAAAAGUCCAGUUAUUCCUGUUGCUUGUGAAGCUAUUUUAACAACUUGUUGUCGGUUUACCAAUUGUUCCAUUCAAAUGCUUUGUUGUGGAAAUGGCUGCGGUGUUUCCAUUUUGCCAAAAUCAUCGCAUCUCAGGGAAUUUAUGUGACGAGGUGAAGCCUUUGUAUUAUCUUGGUGUGUGAUAUCUGCUCAACCCCAAGUGUUUACCAUUUACACUGUGUUUGAAGACGAGGAAUAUAUUAUUGUUGUUGCUGGUGUUUCUGUAUCUACCGUGGCAUCUUCAAAGCUGCAACCCGUGCAACAACAUCAGCCGUCUUGCCAUGAGCUGACUUUAUACUCGCUCUGUGUAGCCAAGGAUUAGAAAAUGCCUACAUUCUCCCGCUCCACUGCCAUGUUUAAGAUUAGAUGCAGUAUGACUGAAUGCAAAUCAUAUGCACUGCUACUGUAAAAAGAAAGUACACUCUCUUAUACUGAUGGUUUCAGGUUCUGCUCGCUGCAAAGGACAAACAAAGAUGAAGCCACAAUGGAAACAAAGCAUGUGCAAAGUGUACCUUUUUUCUAUGAUUCUGCCACCUUUGGUAGCUGUAAAUACCUUGAAGUGGAUUUUUUUUUUCCGGUCUUUCACAACAACAGCAUAUUUUGGUCCGCUCUUCCUCACGCCACUGGUCCAUUACGUUGAGGGCUUUCACGCCUGACGCAGCUCUCACAUCCCACAUUUUCAGUUGAUUCAAAGAGCAGGGCAUUAGAACGUCUUGUUUCUAUUCUGUUUUACGUUUGCUGCUGUGAUCAGGAUCAUUGUCCUGUCGAAGAUCAGGUUUGGGCUGAGCUUUAGUUACGGGUCAGAUGACCUCACAUUUGAAUUCACGGUCAACUUAGUGACUGCAAGGCACUUAAGUCCCCGUAUGCUAUGUUUGUGCUGCUGACACGUUGUGUUUGGGUUUGCCCAAACGUAGCGUAGCAAAAGAGGCUUCGUUGGUCCAAAAAGACAUUGUUCUACAGCUCUUCUCGUUUCUUCACGUGCAACCCUAAUACCGUAUGUUAUGUUGCAAUAAAUUCUCCUAAAAACGAAGAGGCUUUCUCCUGGGAACCGUUCCGAACACGUCAUAUUCCUUCAGAUGUUUUUUUUUUUUCCCAGGAACUUUAACAUCUAACACGCAGAGAGGCCUGUGACAUUUGAAAUUUAGCUCUUUGAUCUUUUGCAAUUUCUCUGAGCAGGUCCAACAUAGGGGGGAAUAAUCCAGGAGGUUCAGUUCAGGAAAUGUUGUAAAUGUUUUGCUUCUUUACAAAUAAUUGCCUCACUGUAGAAUGAUGGACUUGAACUAGUUUGCAAAUGACCUUGUAGCCCUUACCUGAUUGAUAGACAGGUAGUUGGUUGCUCAUGCCUUUCCUUGCUGACAUAAUGUUGACACAAACCCACGUGCUACAAAGGCCAAAACUGCACAGUCCUGCUUCUGCAAAGCCAGUCACACAGUUUAUUAAUCGCAUUAAUAAGAAACAGCUAGUUGCUAAUUGUUAUCUUAAAAUCCAGUGAAAGCAUCAGGGAUACACCUAAUGCAGUUUUUCCACAACUGCAAUUUUAUUUGGCUGUUUUUGUAUGUGAUAGAUAUUUAACGUGCUGGCAUUUGUUGUGCGGUUUUGUACACUUGAGGUUGUAUUAAACUAUCUUGGAAGCAAAGGCCAAAUCAUACUUUGCAAAGUGUUUUCUAAUGUGUGCAGUUUGGUGUAUUGAAACGAAACUGUGAACGGCGCAGCAACCGUUUGAAGAUGCUGUUUAACGUUAACCAAGCACAUUCAGCCACAGCUCACAGAGGGACAUGCAGCACACCGUCGACAAUGAUGAUGCUGCUUUUCUGCUCCUGUCCCUUUAAAAAGGUGCCGAUCUUCUACUUUGCUAAAAAAAAAAGAAAAGAAAAGAGAACACAGACUGUGAUGUGUGUUUACUUUGCACCAGCUGACUUCUGUGAAUGUUUUACGAGAACAUUCCUACACA